AUGGUGCUCUUACUCUCAUUUUGUGGGCUUGGUGCUGUGAUAAACUUGGAUGCUUUGAAAACUUAUGUUAGCUUCUCAACCAAGAAAUCUCUUACUUGUAAAAGAAACAAGAUAGUUGCAAGCAACCAAGGGAUUAAGGCUACCGCAAGCGCUUCUGCUGUUGUCGCGACCGAGCCACUGACUAAAGAAGAUCUCAUUACCUAUUUUGCCUCGGGAUGCAAACCAAAGGAAAUGUGGAGAAUAGGUACAGAACACGAGAAAAUCGGUUUCGAGGUCAAUACUUUGCGCCCUAUGAAGUAUGAACAGAUAACUGCACUGCUUAAUGGUAUUUCUGAGAGAUUUGAUUGGGAUAAGGUGAUGGAGGAUGGAAGAAUAAUUGGUUUGCAACAGGGAAUGCAAAACAUAUCUUUGGAAUCAGGAGGCCAAUUAGAGCUAAGUGGAGCACCUGUAGAGACUUUGCACCAAACUUGUGAGGAGCUUCAUUCACAUCUUUACCAGGUGAAGACUGUUGCUAAAGAAUUGGGAAUCGGUUUCCUAGGAAUUGGCUAUGAGCCCAAAUAUAGUCUUGAGGAUGCAACCAUUGUGCCCAAGAAAAGGUUUGAGUUUCUGAUAGAUCACUUAGCGAGAGUUGGCCCAUCAGGACCUGACAUGAGUUCUAGAACGUGUACUGUUCAGGUCAAUCUAGACUAUAGUUCAGAAACCGAUAUGAUAAGGAAGUUUCGCGCUAGUCUAGCGUUGCAACCCAUUUCAACUGCUCUGUUCGCAAAUUCCCCUUUUAGUCAUGGAAAACCAAAUGGGUUUCUAAGCAUGAGGAGCCAUUUAUGGAUAGAUAGCGAUAAGAAUCGCACAGGAAUGAUACCUUUUGUGUUCGAUGACUCAUUCGGGUUUGAGCGGUAUGUCGAAUACGCACUUGAUAUUCCAAUGUGUUUCUUAUACCGGAACAAAAGACAUAUCAACUGUAGAGGAAUGACAUUUCGGGAUUUCUUGUCUGGGAAAUUUUCUCACCUCUCUAAUGAACAACCAACAAUUAGCGACUGGGAAGUCCAUAUAGGGACAAUAUGGCCAGAGGUCCGGCUAAAGAGAUGCAUGGAGAUGAGAGGUGCUGAUGGAGGUCCUUUGAAAAUGUUGUGUGCCCUACCAGCUUUCUGGGUUGGUUUGCUAUACGACGAGGAGUCUCUCCAAACUAUUCUUGAUAUGAUAUCUGAUUGGACUACUGAAGAAAGAGAGAUGCUUAGGACACAAGUUCCAAUCACUGGCCUAAAAACAAUGUUUAGAGAUCGUCCUUUGAAAGAUGUCGCAGAGAUUUUCAUAAAACUUGCAACGGAUGGUUUGGAGCGUAGAGGGUACAGGGAAACCGGUUUCUUGGAACCUCUUGCCGAGGUGGUUAGAACAGGGGUUACGCCUGCAGAGAAGCUCUUGGAGUUGUACAAUGGAGAUUGGGGACAAAGCAUAGAUCCUCUGUUUCAGGAACUGCAUUACUAA